UAUAGUGAUGGUGCAGAAGCGAUAAGUAUAGACCCACUGAGCUGGGCUAAAAACUUUCUCUCAAAAUAACUAGAAGAUUAACUUUUGCAAGGUGCGGAUAGAGAAACACACAUAUGUACACUUGACUGUUGUCAUUGACGCUAAAGUAUGACACUAGGAGAGAACACGAUACAAAGCGAAAACAAAAAUCUAAGCGAAGACACAAUGACAACAAAAACAAAUUAUAAACCUGCAGAUAACGGGAUAUCCCUAGAUAAAAUAAAUGGAAACACAAAAUACGAAAAGCAGAACGACUCAACGAUAUCAUUUUUACGAGCUGCCCGCAGUGGAGAUUUAACAAAACUUCUUGAUUUUAUCGAAAGUGGUGAGAUAUCGGAUAUUAACAGUUGCAAUGCGAACGGCCUAAACGCUCUACACCUAGCGGCAAAGGAUGGAUAUGUCGAUAUUUGCAGUGAGUUGCUGAAGAGAGGCAUCAAAGUGGACAACGCAACCAAAAAAGGAAAUACAGCCUUGCAUAUAGCUUCGCUGGCGGGUCAACAACAUGUUAUUAAGCAACUUAUUCAGUCGAAUGCAAAUGUAAACGUGCAAUCGUUAAAUGGAUUCACACCGCUGUAUAUGGCAGCUCAGGAGAAUCACGACAACUGUUGCAGACUGCUCUUGGCAAAAGGAGCGAACCCGUCGCUGGCCACAGAAGACGGCUUUACACCAUUAGCUGUGGCAAUGCAGCAAGGUCACGAUAAGGUGGUGGCAGUCCUACUGGAAAGUGAUGUUCGUGGAAAGGUGCGUCUUCCGGCACUUCACAUUGCAGCCAAAAAGAACGACGUAAGCGCAGCCACACUGCUGCUGCAGCAUGAUCACAAUGCCGACAUUGUUUCCAAGUCUGGCUUUACGCCUCUGCACAUUGCCGCUCAUUAUGGGAACGUGGACAUAGCCACCUUGUUGCUGGACCACGGUGCUGAUGUCAACUAUAUUGCCAAACACAAUAUAUCGCCGUUGCACGUGGCCUGCAAGUGGGGAAAGUCUACAGUUUGCAGGUUAUUGUUGUCUCAUGGCGCACGCAUAGAUGGACCCACACGAGACGGCCUGACACCGCUACACUGUGCCUCACGAUCAGGCCAUGUUGAGGUUAUUGAGCUCCUGCUACGUCACAAUGCUCCAAUACUAUCGAAGACAAAGAAUGGAUUGUCGGCCUUACAUAUGUCCGCACAGGGCGAACACGAUGAGGCGGCGCGUCUACUUUUAGAACAUAAGGCUCCAGUAGACGAGGUAACCGUUGAUUAUUUGACAGCGCUCCAUGUGGCCGCACACUGUGGCCAUGUGAGGGUGGCCAAACUUCUGCUUGACUACGGUGCAAAUCCAAACUCACGUGCCCUCAACGGUUUCACUCCCCUUCAUAUUGCCUGUAAGAAGAAUCGCAUCAAAGUAGCUGAAUUACUCAUCAAGCAUGGAGCUACCAUUAGUGCAACCACGGAAUCUGGCCUUACACCAUUGCACGUGGCUAGUUUUAUGGGUUGCAUGAACAUUGUUAUUUACUUGCUGCAGCACGACGCUAGCCCAGAUAUACCAACAGUACGCGGAGAGACACCAUUGCAUUUAGCAGCGCGUGCCAAUCAAACGGACAUAAUUCGAAUUUUGCUUCGCAACGGAGCGCAGGUUGAUGCAGUCGCUCGGGAAGGACAAACACCACUACAUGUGGCUUCCCGAUUGGGCAAUAUUGAUAUAAUUAUGCUGAUGUUGCAGCAUGGAGCCGAGAUAAAUGCUAAAACUAAGGAUAAGUACACGGCGCUUCACAUUGCGGCGAAGGAAGGUCAGGAGGAAGUCAGCUUAGCGUUGCUCGAGAGCGGCGCACGACUAGAUGAGGUCACACAAAAGGGUUUCACUCCAUUGCAUUUAGCAAGCAAAUACGGACAUCAAAAGGUGGUGGCUCUAUUGCUUGAGAAGGGUGCUUCCAUUGAUUGUCAGGGCAAGAACGAUGUGACUCCAUUGCACGUAGCGUCACACUAUGACCAUCAGCCAGUAGUGAUGGUACUUCUGGAGAACGGUGCAUCCCCAAAAAUAUGCGCCCGCAACGGACACAGUGCCGUGCAUAUUGUUGCAAAAAAGAACAACGUAGAAAUGGCGCAGCACCUUAUACAGCAUGGUGCUGAUGUCGGUGCCAUCAGCAAAUCUGGCUUUUCCCCAUUGCAUCUAGCUGCCCAAGAGGGGCAUUUGCCUAUGGUUGAACUUUUGCUAGAAAAUGGUGCCACGAGUGCUGCUGCUAAGAAUGGCCUAACCCCAUUGCAUUUAGCUUCCCAAGAAGGCCACGUCCCUGUCGCGCAGAUUCUAUUGGAAAACGGUGCAAGCAUUUCAGAGCGCACCAAAAAUGGCUACACGCCGCUUCACAUUGCCGCCCACUACGGACAAAUUAAUCUCGUAAAAUAUCUCCUUGAAAAUGAUGCUGACAUUGAAAUGUCAACCAACAUUGGCUAUACACCACUGCAUCAGGCUGCCCAGCAGGGUCAUAUAAUGAUCAUUAGUCUCUUGUUGCGCCACAAGGCGAAUCCAGAUGCUUUAACAAACAAUGGUAAAACUGCUCUAAAUAUUGCGAGCAACUUGGGCUACGUUACAGCAGUGGAAACACUUAAGGUCGUCACCCAAACAUCUAUCACCAAUAUGAGCAUUGGAAUGGUGGGAGAAAAAUACAAGGUUGUGUCACCGGAGCUUAUGCAUGAAACGCUACUCUCUGAUUCCGAAGACGAAGGCGGGGACGAGCUUUUAGACCAUAAUCAAUACAAAUAUAUGGCUACCGAUGAUUUGAAAGCAAACUAUGGCCAUGAUCACGACCACCAAAACUUCGACACCACAAAUCCUGAAAAUGAUCAAAUGGAUAUAUCUGUUGGACAUCCUCUCGAAAAAGUUACAUAUUUUAUUUUCCCAUUGUCGCAAAUAUUAAUCGAGAAAAUUUCGAUUUAUGCUUGUAUCUAUAAAGAAAUGAUCAAGCAUGAAGAGCAAGAGCUGAGUGCAUCUACAAUAGGACGUCAAAGCGAUAAUUCUCUUAUUGUCCGCCCACCUGUUCACUUGGGAUUUCUCGUAUCGUUCUUAGUAGAUGCCCGUGGUGGAUCUAUGCGCGGGUAUCGACACAGUGGAGUGCGCAUCAUCGUUCCCCCGAAGGCAUGUUCUGAGCCAACGCGCAUUACUUGCCGUUAUGUCAAACCCCAAAGAGUGGCAAACCCUCCGCCAUUGAUGGAAGGCGAGGCACUGGUAAGUCGAAUUCUGGAGAUGUCCCCGGUGGAAGGAAAGUUUUUGAGCCCAAUUACACUAGAGGUGCCCCAUUUUGGAUCACUUAGAGAAAACGAACGCGAAAUUAUCAUACUGCGCUCGGACAACGGCGAGAGUUGGCGAGAACAUAGCUUAUAUGAGAAUGAAGAACAUAUUCUAGACGCCUUGCAUGACGCCAUUGAUGCGGAUGUUAAUCCGCUGGAGGAACUACACACAAGCCGCAUAGUUCGUAUCGUUACACAGAACGUUCCGCACUUUUUUGCUGUUGUAUCGCGUGUGCGUCAGGAGGUGCAUGCUAUCGGACCCGAUGGCGGAACGGUUUCUUCGAUAGCUGUACCACAGGUUCAAGCCAUUUUUCCACCUCAUGCCUUGACUAAGAAAAUUCGAGUCGGUCUUCAGGCACAGCCAGUAGACCUGGUUGGUUGUUCUAAGCUUCUCGGUCAGGGCGUGGCUGUAUCACCGGUGGUCACUGUGGAGCCACGACGUCGCAAAUUUCAUAAGGCGAUAACACUGAGUAUUCCUGCACCAAAGGCAUGCACCAAGGGCAUGGUUAAUGCGUCCUAUGGAAAUGGAAAUGCAAAUGCACCCACUCUUAGACUACUGUGUUCUAUUACUGGUGGUCAGACACGCGCCGCAUGGGAAGACGUUACCGGAUCAACUCCGCUGGCUUUCGUCAAAGAUAGCGUUACAUUUACCACUACAGUUUCUGCACGCUUCUGGCUAAUGGACUGCCGCAAUAUUGCAGACGCGGGCCGCAUGGCUACAGAGCUCUACACCUAUAUGACACAAGUACCAUUUGUCGUUAAGUUUGUGAUCUUUGCAAAACGUAUUUCCUAUACGGAAGCAAAGUUUUCGGUCUUCUGCAUGACUGAUGAUAAAGAGGACAAGACGCUAGAACAGCAGGAAUACUUUACUGAAAUUGCAAAGAGUAGGUGUAUUGAGGUGCUGCAGGACCAGACUAUUUACAUAGAAUUUUCGGGCAAUCUUGUGCCAGUUUUAAAGUCGGGCGAGCAAUUGAAUACCAAGUUCCAAGCUUUUCGGGAAAAUCGUCUUUCAUUUAUUGUUCACAUCAAGGACCCAGAGCUGCCACAAAGUCGCAUCUGUUUCAUGAGCGAACCAAAGGUCGGACCCGGAGAAGCACCACAAAUCCCAAUCUGCGCUCUGAAUGUGUCAGUGCACGAUGCAAAACUGUCUACGCAUAACGAAAAUGGAUUAUUAGAGAGCUUUGACCAUGGAAAUAACUUGUACAAGGAAAUCAAUCGUAAUGAUUUAAUAAACACCGAAAUGAAAGCAAGAGCAACAGAAACGGCAGCAAUUGAUAAUCAGAAUCAGAAUGUUAUAAUUGACCAACCAAAAAACCUAAAACCGAAUAGAGCUGGCUCCAGUAAAGUAAUCCAUCAUGCCGACAUAAGUUUGUUGAAUAUAUGUAGCCUUAUAGGCAGUGACUGGCCACAACUGGUGAAAGAAUUGGGUGUACCCGAGACCGACAUCGACCUUUUCAAAGCUGAGAAUAUUGGGGACCUUACACCCGAGCAGCGCAACUUGAUGUUGCAGUUCCGACUUCAAGAAGAGCAAGAAGGGAUCUCCGCAGCAAAAAUCUUAUCUCAAGCUCUAAAUAGGAUUGGUCGUGCCGACAUUAUAGAUCAGUGUAUUUUUAAUAUGGAGCCUGUCACUGAUAAGUCGGAACUCGAUUUGACUACAGUGAAGAAGAACGAGUCUCUGACGCUUACCCCUACAGAUAGUUCAGAUGCAACACGAAGGGAAGAUGGUAAUUUUUGUGCCACACCACCGUCAACUCCAGUUGAAGACGAAAAUAAUAAAUAUGACUGCAAAAUGAGAGGCACACAAGAAGUUGUAUCGGAGCACACAAUAAAUUUGCUGGGAGAAGCGCAGGAAUAUGUUCAUCAACGAAUAGAAGCUAUAACAGAUGAUUCGUGUGUAACGCGGAAUGAAAAAUUUGGCAAUGAGCCCAUUGAUCUAAUUGGGUUGACAGUUGAGCCAAUUCUGUUGAAGAGAGAUGCCACAAAUAUUCCAAUAGGUGGAAAUUCUGUUACUGAUGAAACAAUAAAAAGAUCAACAGGAAAUGCUCAGGACAAUUAAUGUUUUGAUAAAAACCCCCGUGGUGCAUCGUAUAAUUAUUAUUUAUUUAUAUAUAUAUUUACCAAUGUAUUCGUUUCUUAUUUGUCUACAGCAGUAAACUUCUAACUUCUUCGACUUUUCGAUCUCCAGUUUAUAAUUAGCUAACAGUUAUUUAUAAAUUGGUAUAUUGAUAUAUAUUUCGAUAUAUUAUAACUUCUGAAUACUAAUCAAAUAAAUUGUUAAAUUAUUAA